AUGUUAACAAGAACACUGAGAUUGAUAGUGCGGACUAGGAGUCUGCCCAAAAGACAGGUACGCUGGUACAAUGGCUUGCCCCCGGAAGUUGAAGAGGAAUUUGGAAAGACCGUCGAAGAAAUUGGGUGUGAUGAUGACGGAUUUUUACUCAAGGAUAGCUUCUACACUGAGAAAACAUUCCGAAACUCGAAAUUCUACCAGCACAUGCAGAAGGUCCGCGCCGAGCAGGAACGUCUGAUUGAACUGAAAUUGAAAUAUCUUGCGCAACAGAACGAAGUCGACAUUGAGGAGCUGCGUAAACAAUUAAACGAGAGAGUGGAUGCACAAGUGAGUCAGGCCCGUAGAACCCAGCAGGCUAUCAAUGAUAACAUUGCAGCCUUUGAAAGAGAAAUGAGCUUGCCUUUCAAAGUGGACCUGGUUGGUGAUAUGUUAAAAAUUCUGAAGUUCGAGUCCGAUGAUCUGGAGAGCUCCCCCGUGUAUCAAUUUAUGGUGAAAACUGAUGCUUCCUUAGCACAAGAGCUCCGCACUCUUCUCGCGCGUGGUGUCUCUGCAGAGCAGAAAACGCAGCUGGAAUCCAGGUUAAGGCAGGGACUCUGGUCGGAGAGCAAGAGACGAGAAUUGCAAGAGCUGAUCAAAAAAAGAUAUGACGAGUUUGUGAACUUCAAACAAAAAGUGGAUACCGAGCCUAUCUCGAUCAACGAAAUCUUCGAGCUGCUAGAUAAAUAUCCUACCUUUGAGCAAAGCGAUCUCUACGAGGUCUUACGUGAAGUUGAUCCUAGAUUUGGAACACUUUAUGGAGAGGUUAGGAGUCUCGCAGAAGGAGAGGAGCGAAAAUUGCGUCGCAUACAACUGAACAGACUACUUGCUGACGAGAGUUCCGGGAUUUGGAAAGUUCUGAACGAUCUGGAGAGCCCUGAAUUCAAGACGGUCAAAAGUGUCCUAGAGGACGAAAGUGCAAAGUUUGAGCCGCUGAGUGCGGAAAGUCUGGUCGCAUAUGCGCGUAUUGCUGAGAAAGAUGAGGAUCUAGAGAUUUUUGAUUCCAUUGACGAAUCUCUGAGUGUUUUCCUGCAAAAAGCUCGCGACAACGAGAAUGACGAAAGAGUUGUUGCUGAAGUGCACGAUCUAUUGACCACUGAGGGCCCCUUGAAGGACUUCUUGGAAGACACCAAGAGCGAACUAUAUCAGAAGGUGCAGGCCAAGGUCAACAAAGCAAGGAUUAAAUACCACAAGGAGGUGGUGUUGAAUCCGCUAACUAAAGAGAUCAAGAGCCUUGCCAAAGAAGACCAGUCCAACCUGAGUCCUGAGGUGGCUCAGAUCAAUAAAUAUUACGACCUUUUUAUCCAAACGAUGCAUGAACUAGAGCAGGAGCUGAAGAGCGGAGAGUAUGAGCCAAUCUCUUCAAAAGUGCACCUUGAGGCCCCAAGCCUUCUUGACCGUGAACCGACUCCCCAACAGCUCGCUGAGGUUCAAAAAAUAAACCGUUCGAGGAGGUACGACGCUGAAGAUGACACUCUCCGUUUCUGUGCUCACAUGAUAAUGCACGGAGGUAAAAGACAGCGUGCAAGAAGAUACAUCAAUCAGGCCCUGUAUCUGGUGUAUCUUGAAACUAGGGAAAACCCCGUGGACAUUUUGAAGCAGGUCAUAGACACUGUGGCUCCUUUGGUGGUGACGCGCGUUGUGAAAACCGGAUUUGCCAAGAACUACUCAAUUCCUGCUCCCUUGACUCCUCGACAGCGGAUGCGUACUGGGUUCAAAUGGAUUUUGGAGGCCAGUGAUAGCCGUGCUUCAAACGACUUCCCCGUGCGUCUUGCCGAAGAAAUCUUGAACGUUUACAGAGGAAACUCCAAACUUCUUGAGAAGAAGACCUCUUUGCACAAACAAGCCAUUUCCGUGAGAUCUUACCUGAAGCUGUGA